AUGUUUACCAUCUAUCGCCUCAUCCUGGCAUUUUUAACAAGAGUAAACCUCUCAUCCACUGCAUUGUAUGUCGGGCUGUUAUAUGAUGAUGCUAUGCAGUUCGCCCUCGGCCCCGUGAUUGCGGACCCUGCGCAUUUCGGCGACCACCACUUCAACCCAUACAAAAUGCCCGCACACAUUUCGCCGGAGCAGGCGAUAUCCACAGUCGCCGAACCUACUCCCCACCCUAGGACUUUCAAACCUCAAGGCGGAGGGAAAACACUUAUUGUUCUUGGCGAUCAAGUACUAACCAAAAGCGAUCACGAUUUUUCCAGAGCCUAUCAACUACUGGCAGCUUUGGCCGCAAACGAAAAAUACGAAGUCUGGUUGAACACUGAAAAAGGUCUAGACACCCUGGAGAGCUACAAAGACAUUCCUAGGCUCAACAUAGCGGCAGAGCAUGGGACAGUACUGCUUAUAUCGCAAUAUAGUGAUGAAAAGAUGGAAAUAAAAUCUGUACACGAAUUGGCAGAAAAGCUUAAAAAAGCAAUGAAUACUGUAUUACGCCGCCAUCAGAAAGAUUUUGAGCCAGUGGUUGAAGACAUACGCAAAACUUUAACUGAAGAAUUAGCUGGCUUCGUCCUCAGACUAGAAGAUAAGAGUGGGGAAGUGAGGCAUGGAGCGACCGACAAAGGAAAUCUGGUUGCGCACCUGCUGGCUACUGGAUGGCACAAUAGGGGAAUCGCAAUAGGUGGCCGUGAAUCUGAUGAAGGCAUGUUCAAAGCAAUGAAUCAUGCGAAUGGACCCGAGGGUGAUUCAUUCCACGCUGUGAUUGUCGGUCAAUUGGAUGCAAGGAAAACCUUUGCGAAAUACAAAUUGCAAAGUGUCGAUGAGGUUCACCAGCUUCUCACCCGUCUCGCCCUAUCGAAGCCAUAA